AUGGAGAGCCAACCCCACGCUUCUUUCCAGGUGUAUCUUCGCCUACGGCCCCCAUACCAGCAGUCGCCGAGAAAGUCCCAUAGAGAAAACUUCUUGACCGUUCUCCCGCCGGUGCCGACGGCUUCAGACGAGAACAUUGAGUGCAUGACCAGUACCCAGGUCACAAUCCAUCCGCCAUCGAACCAUAGAUCCCAGAAGAUAGAAACAUUUAGCUUCACAGAGGUCUUCGACGAAACCUGCGGGCAGAACGACGUAUUUGGAAGAGUCGUAACACCUAUAUUGGAAGGAGUGCUGCAGGAUGGGAGAGAUGGGAUGUUGGCUACCCUUGGUGUUACGGGGAGUGGGAAAACGCACACGAUUUUAGGGAAUAGACAGGCAAGAGGAAUGACACAGAUGUCGUUAGAUGUGCUCUUCAGGUCCCUGAGCGAUAGGAUAUCAAGGUUAUCUGAAUCACAAAUCGAGCAAUGCAAUGACGCCGAUGCAGAAAUCAUGGACGCCGACGCCUUCAUGACAAAGGUCACAUCUGUCAUCGAACCUCAUCAGAUCCCUAAACCGAACACUUUCCCCACAAAACCUUCCGUCGAUCCUUACAUAGUGCAAUGUCCCGGCCCGCCAAGCACCAAAUAUGCUAUUCUAAUGUCCAUCUAUGAGGUGUACAAUGACAAGAUAUUUGAUCUGUUGGCGCCAUCUAACGUUGCGAGAAGGAAAGCACUUCUUUUCAAGAGCACCAGGUCAAGCGGCGACCGUAAAGUUGUUACGGGACUACGGAAGGUCAUGGUCACAAACCUAUACGAUGCUCUGCAGGUAAUGGGUGUCGGACAAUACCAACGUUCUCAUGGUGAAACUGGUAGCAACGACAAGAGUUCCCGAUCUCACUGCUUCAUUUCACUCGAACUCAAGAAGCUUAAGAACAAACUUGACGGUUCGACGAAGAUUAAGGAAUCAACUUUCACAAUCGUCGACCUUGCUGGUUCGGAACGGGCGAGGAAUGCAAAGACUGCAGGGGAUAGGCUCGCAGAGGGUGGACAUAUCAACAAGUCGCUUAUGUUUCUCGGGCAAUGCUUGGAACUGUCGACGGCGCAAUCUUUGGGCCAUACCCCGAAGGUACCGUAUCGACAGUCCAAGCUGACGGAACUGCUGUUUACAAAUAGUUAUAAUCCAGCGGCAGAGCCCCAGAUCGCAGCUAUUGUGGUAACGGCGGAUCCAGCAGGAGAUUUCAAUGCCACCAGUCAAAUGCUCAAGUACUCUGCACUUGCGAAGAGUUCGGUGAACCUUAGGCCGCCUACGGUGAUGAGCGGGAGGAGUGUUAGUGGCUCUAGCCUGUUCAGUCACUUUAGCACUGUGAGUGGGUACACGGAGGAGAGGCCAGAUUCUUCUUUGUCUGCUCUAUCCGCUGCGUCGAGUCAUAGAGCGAUGCUGUCGCAGGAUAUGAUGAAUAUGAUCGUUUUAUUACAGCGGCAGUUGAAAGAAGCGGAUGAGAAAAUCAAGGUGGCAGAAAAGAGAGCAGAGGAGGCGGAUGCCAGAUGCUUGGAAAUUGAGAUGCAGGUCAGGGAGGAGGUUACUAGCGAUAUGGAACUUAGGAUGAGUAUGAUGGAGAAAAGGAUGCUCCUUAAGCUUCAGGAUCAAGCGGAAAAGGAGGAGAUGCAUGUUGACCACAAGCUUGAUAUCCUGAAGCGGACCCUGAUGGAAACCAACGAUGAAAACGAUCGCGCACGAGAUAUGGAAAUCGAAGAGUAUGUUCGCGAGCUUGAGGCUGAGAAUAACUCGCUAAGGAAUGAAGUCCAAGCUCUGAAAAGGAAGCGAGCGAAUGGAGAGAGUCCCUUGAAGGAGAGGUCUCUGAACAGGUUAAAAUUCUGA